AUGUCAGAACUAGUAUCAACCGACUCCCCAUGCUCUGCUGAACCUUUCUUCUUCUGGAAACAUGGUGAGAGCAAUGGCUACCUCUGCCAAUGGUAUGCCUCCCCCUUCACUGUCUCAGACACUACGUAUGCGACAUGCGAAAUGUACAUGAUGAUUCAAAAAGCGCUGCUUUUCAACGACGAUGAGACGGCGCAAAGAAUGCUCCGAACAACCGAUCCACGCAAGCACAAAGGACUAGGGCGCAAGGUGCAAGGAUUCGAUCAGGCAGUAUGGGAUAAGCAUAAAUUCGACGUCGUUAUGCAGGCAUCAUAUUGCAAAUUUACUAUUAGCCGACAUGCAGAGCGCUUGCGGCGUAUGCUGCUUGCAACGGGGGAAUGCGAGCUGAUCGAAGCGAGUCCGUUCGACAGCGUGUGGGGCAUUGGAUUCAAGCAGGCAGACGCCAUGCUGAACCGCGAGUUUUGGGGAGAGAAUCUAUUAGGGAAGGCACUGAUGGAAGUGAGGAAGCGGUUGAGGGAUGAAGAGAAUGCAAAGGAGGAGCAAGCGAAGCGGGAUCGUGAGCAAUGGAAGCAGAGUUUUUCGGAUAGAGUAAGGUCUGCGGCCAAGGGGAGGGAAAAUCAAGAGGGAGAGGCGAGCAGAUGA